UCACUUCGGUUAAGUUGUGUGCAAACGUUCGUGCCAAUAUCUAAAAUCGGCAACAAUCAGCGACUUCUACCUGUGGCAGCAACAGCAGCCAAUAGCCAAGUGCGGUCCAUUUUUAAUUCGAUAAUUUUCACGUUUUUGUCCAAAAGCACAAAUCUGCUGGCCAGCAUGUUGCAUUCGAGGGCAUUUCAGAGACAAUCACGCAAAUCGUAUAUAGGCCUUUUAUUGCUUGCCUUUUCCGCAUAUUUGGCCCAAAGCGUUUUGCCAGCUACAGCGGCAGAAAUAUCUUAUCCGGAAAGUGAGCUGCACAAGGACAACGAGUUUCCCAAUUUGGUGAAGCGUCCCGCAUUCUUUGUGGGCAGUCGAUAUGGACGCUCGAGCGGCAAAGUUGCCAGCGGAAGCGGAGGUGCCCCCGUGGGCGGUGUGGGCACCUCGAAGACGCGACGCCUAAUCAUAGUGCCACGUAACGAUCGUUUCUUCCUCGGCUCGCGAUAUGGCAAACGUAGCGAGGAAUUCCUAUCGCCCUACGAGCAGGACAGUCUCGGCUUGGCCCUGGGCAAGAGCUCCUCCCUGCGAGAGGCGGAGAACGAGGGCGGAAAUGAGGGAAAGGCCAGCAGUAGGGGAAGAACAACACCAGUGAUGACCAUGUCCUGUACUUAUGCCGGCUUCAGUAACUUCUUCCGUUGCACCAAUGUGAACACAGACGAAGAAGUUCCACUGGAUUCCAAUAGCAUAGCCUCGGAAGAUGCCAACAUCAACAACAACAGCAACUAAAAAGAUGCCGUAGCACUGAUUGAUUGAUUGAUUGAUUGACCAACCUGUUGUAGCAUAUGGAUCCCCUCUGGCAAUUAAUAUCCUUGUUCAUUCAUCGGCUUUUUGCUAGUUACUGUUAUGUUUUUUUGAAUGCAACUGGUAUUAAAAUUUUUAACGGGGCUGGAAAAGUUUUAAUACCCACACAACACACAUAAUAAGUUUGUAAAUAUAUAUCUGGCAGCAUACCUAUAGUAAUACAAUUACCUACUUAUUAUACAUACACGUAGCACACACGUAAACAAAUUGUAUUAAAAUGCUUCAAAAUACA